AUGUUGGAAAAUGUGUCUUACGCAACUCUUGAGUACUCUUCGUUUUGUGUUCUGUUACCAUGUCCUGUUAAGAGAUCCAUGAGUGAUUCGAAAAAGGCUGUUACGAUCAAGGAAACCGAACAGCAAAAGUACCUGGUGGUUACGGCUACACUGCUGACACUAGGUCAGCCAGUGUCAUAUUCUAAUAGGCCAACACCUUUAAAUCCUAAUUUUUCAAGUGAGUGUGCUCUUGUUGUUAUGUCUGAACACAAAAGACGGUCGGAUACUUCGACGAAAGGACUCCGGUAUUUCGCCAAUUUUAUACCAGGGUUGAAAGUUGCUGCAAGUGGAGACUACGGAGAUAUAUGCAUUACAUACGAUGAUAUUAGUCAAGCCACAUAUGAAGCUAGAGGAAAAAUAGGUGAUGUGCCAAAAGAAAUUUAUGAACUGUCUUCGGUGUACCCGGAGUAUGAACAUAUAGCAGUAUCUGCGGAAAUAAUACAAGAAACGACUCGAAUAUUAGCUCACAGGUUCUCCCUGUCUCGUGAUACUAUCAUUCACGCUUUACCACGGAUUGACACCAGCAAAACCGCCAUCAAAGAAAUUUGUCCUACAUUCUUGAGACCCGUCAAGUGCGAACUUACCCGCUACAGAACACUGACUGGCAUGUGCAACAACCUGGAACAUCCAUCUUGGGGAAGUGCCCGAUCCGCUAUGGUCAGAUAUCUGCCCCCAGAAUAUGCAGAUGCCAUACAAGAGCCAAAAAAAUCCGUGGAUGGCAGCGAAUUACCGAGUGCUAGAAUAGUGAGCUUUAUGAUGCAUCAUGAUGUAAGCGAACAUCAUUCACACAUCAAUAUCCUUUUAGUAUUUUGGGGACAAAUGAUUGAUCACGAUAUGACUCUCGCUGCUCAAACAGUCGAUCAUGACAAGAACGACAUAGAGUGUUGUAAAUUCCCGCCAGAGCAUCAACAUCCUAAUUGUAUGAACAUCAUGGUUCCACACGACGAUCCCUUCUACAAAUACUUCAAACGGCAAUGUUUGGACUUCGCUAGGAUUUAUCCUGGCCCAAAGCCAGGCUGCAAACUAGGUCCACGUUUUCAAAUAAAUACUAUUUCUGCAUAUAUCGAUGGAAAUUUCAUUUAUGGAAGUAAUCAAGACGUUGCAAGCAGGCUGAGAGAAUUCCACGGAGGUCGUCUUAAAACAAAUCCAGUAUAUGCUGAACUUGGACUGAAAGAUUUGCUGCCGCAGAAGAUGGUAGAGAAAGAUGUUGGCUGCACGUCAAGGCCAAGAAAUGUGUACUGUUUUGAUGCAGGAGAUGAAAGAGUAAAUGAGCAACUGAUGUUGACCGUGAUGCACACGCUAUGGAUGCGUGAGCACAACAGAGUCGCUGACAUUUUAGGCCAUAUCAAUCCACAUUGGGAUGACGAAACAAUUUAUCAAGAAGCCAAGCAUAUCGUCGCUGCAGAAAUUCAGCACAUUACAUACAGUCAGUUCCUUCCCAUUAUCAUUGGGAUGCAGACUAUGGUUAAGUACGACCUAGUACCUCUCAAACACGGUUAUUAUGAUGGAUAUAGUCCCAAAGUGAAUGCGGGAAUCCGAGCCGCUUUCCAGUCAGCUGCAUUCCGAUUUGGACACAGUCUGUUACCCGACGUCAUUGAAAGAUAUAAUAAAUUCCAUGAGAAAAUAGAUUCAAUCCGGGUGUCAACUGUUCUUCGGGCAACCUUAAAUCUUUACAAGCCAGGAAUUGUGGAUUCAUUCAUUCAUGGUCUAAUAAAUCAGAAGGCAAAUGCUAUGGACCCAGAAGUAACAACAGAAGUUACUAAUCACCUCUUUGAAAAACCUGGAGAUGGCUUUGGUAUGGACUUAGCAGCGAUGAACGUUCAGCGAGCAAGAGAACAUGGUGUUCCUGGCUAUACAAAAUUCAGAGAGUAUUGUGGCCUGCCAAGAGCUCGGCAUUUUCGAGAUUUAAUCGGUAUUUUGCCGAAUAAAACUCUUCAUCGCUAUUCCCAAAUUUACAGGCAUGUAGAUGACAUUGAUCUUUGGAGUGCAGCUAUAUCUGAAUAUCCUUUACCAGGAGCAAUUCUUGGGGCAACUUUAUCAUGUCUCAUUGCUGAACAGUUUGCAAAUCUAAGGAGGGGAGACCGCUUUUAUUAUGAGAAUCCCGGAUGGCCUUCUUCAUUUACUCCAGAUCAGCUAACAGAGAUACGAAAAGUAAAAGUCGGACGAAUCGUUUGUGAUAACACAGAUGAUACGAUUACGAUUCCAAUGAACACAUUUAUGCUUGGUGAUCAUAUUCGAAAUCCUUUAGUAGAAUGCAACAGUCAUCAUUUCCCUCAUAUGGACCUGACGAAAUGGCAAGACAACAGUUAUGAUAAGAAAUAA